AACUAUUUUCACAACUACAAUUAAAUACAUUUAUUGAGGAUACCAUGAAUGAUUAUAUUCUUUACAAUGAACUUGGCAGAGGAGCACAUACAACUGUGUAUAAAGGCAGAAAGAAAGGACAAAUUGACUUCGUUGCAAUUUGCAGUUAUGAGAAAGAUCAUCAGAAAUAUGUUCAUAACAAGGUAUCAAUAUUGUCUCAGACAAAGCAUCCCAAUGUCAUAGAGUUUUAUGAAUGGUAUGAAACAUCCUCACAUUUCUGGGUGAUAGAAGAACUGUGCAAUGGUUGCAGUUUAGCUACAGCAAUGACACAAGACUGCCCAGUACCAGAGCCUAUGAUAAGAGCUUGUGCUCUCCAACUGUGCAAGGCUCUGUAUCACAUCCACUGUGCUGGCAUCGUGGUCCGGAACCUUCAUCCGCACAAAAUUUAUAUAGACUCUAAAGGGAGUUUGAAAGUAGGAGGUCUGCUGAUGGGAUGUGACUUAUCCCAACCAACAGACGAGAGUGUAACUCCUGCAUUAUCUCCAUUGUACUGUUGCCCUGAGGCCCUUAUCGAGAACACUUGGAGUUAUGCCAGUGACCUUUGGUCUCUUGGUGCAAUUCUCUACCACAUGUUCACUGGCAAAGAGCCAUUUCCUGGGUCAACUCUGGAGGAGAUUACAGAGGGUAUAGAAGCUGAGCGGGAACGACGCAAGAGUGGGGACAAAUUUAUACCACUCUCUACUGAGCCCGCCAAGUACAUCACCCUGCCAGGUACAGGUGUUGACGGUGCUCCCAUAUCAGACGAACUACAUGACCUUCUCUCGGGACUUCUAGACCCAGAUCCCAGUACUAGACUGGGUUGGAGACAACUUGAACUUCACCCUUACUUCACCAAGAGACAAGACUUGGUUCACGCCAGCUUCUUUAGGGACAGUCUGCAGUCCGAUGAUAUUACUGAUAAGAACGUUUCAGUCUCAGAGUCAAAUGAUAUCACAGACACUCUAAACAAAACUGUGACACUGACAACAGCAGUCGAACCAGCCGAGAUUCCCACCCCUACUAAACAGGACACACCUCAACCUCACGAGGUUUCUAUUUCGCUCUCAACCUUCCAGCAACCUGAUCCUCAUCAUGGCAGAGUGUCUGGUGUUGGUAAUCUGGCAGCCUCAAGAGGAUCAGCGACAGAGAGGCAGGAGGUUGAGAAGAAGGAAGAGAGGGAGGAAGAGGAGGAGGAUGAUUUGACAGAACAUUUGACUGAGUCUAUGAUACAGAUUCCUCAGAUUGAGAUGCCUCCUCCAAAACCACCUGUUCUGCCUCGAUCAGAAUCAAGGAAAAUGAACCCAGUAACACCGCCCUCCCAACUGAACCUGGAACCUGGUGUCACAUUAGAGACGUUGAUUAGAGAGUACCAGCAAACUCUUCUACCCCAACCUAUAGUCGGCAAUCCCAAGGUAUUCAAAGAAGCAGUAAGCAUGAGAUGUGACACUAGGACGUUGCCAUGGCAACCACUUUCUCCUCGAGUUCUCAACGACUGUGAGGGGGCUGAAAUCUCACACCAUCUAGUGGAGAUAGCUGACUUUCUCUCUAGAAAGAACAGCAACCCCCGUGAACUAGCUAGUUGUAUAGGCUACAUCUACAACUUGACUACUAAUGAGAAUUGUGUGUAUCUGAUUGUUAACUCAGAGCUCCUUCUCACUCUCUCCUAUCUGGUUAAGUCAGCUCCUGAAGAAGUGCAGCUGAAGAUUGUUCAAGUUGUAGGAGCAUUGGUACAGAAUAGCACAACUAUAGAACCGGAGACACAACUGGGUGAAUGUGUUACAAUACUGACGGACGUCCUAAGAGACAGUUCCAGAUCCCCUUCAGUGAGACUCUAUACUCUAGCUUCUUUAGGGGAACUUAUCUUCUACAUCGCCAGUCAGGAAGAAACAGACGGAGUUAACAGUAACUGGAGUAUCCCAGCCAGCACCUUCGUGUGUAUAACACGGUGUCUACGCGAAGGGGAGGAGUUUCACACUCAACUAUGCGCUGCUAAAAUAGUGGAGAACGUUUGUAGUGUCAACAGUCAGUAUAAUAAACAGUUAUCUCAAGAUGCGAUAGCGCUGUCACUGUGGAAGCUUCAGAUGAAGCAAGCAGCUACAGACUCAGCCUACAUAACCUAUGUACGAGCUCUGACCAACAUGACCGCAUACCAACCUACCCUACUGACCCACGUCAUAUCAAAGAUAGGACUUGUCAACGUUCUCGACAACCUCAACAAGUCUCAGCCUUACAUACAGAAAGAGAUCCUGAACUUCGUGAUACAAGGACUAACCGUGAAUAAACCUAACGCAACAUGUAAACGCAUACUAUCAGACAGAAACCUACUCUCCAUUGCUAUCACCCUCAUGGGCAACCCUCACUCUUUGUCAAAGUCGUUUGCUGCCCUUUUGAUAUCACUGUUACUUGUGGGUAACGAUGCUCUUGUAGCUGCUUGUAACCUCAAGUUGAUACAAACGUUAGACCGGGAACUAAAGAGGGUGUCAGAAGAUUAUUCCAGCAAGUGUUUAGCUUAUCUCUCUCACGCUCUUCUCUCUUUUAUACCUACUUUACUGGAUCAAGUAGAAGUAUCACUGAAGAAAGUAGAAAACAGAAGGAACCCCAACUCCAACCAACUAAAAGAUCUGAACAGCUCCCUCAGUUCAUUACCCACUAUUCUACAUUUGCUAACUAGUAGACCACUUUCCAACCAGGCCCUGGCUGUUGUCAACAUGGACCAACUCUGUGAUAUUCUCAAGAUGGUACCAGGGAUACAGUCAGGAGAUACAGGACUAGGCAGCCCUGGUCUGGUAGAGGACACUCUAUCUACUCUACUCUCGCUGUCAGAGAUUUGUCUGCCUCAUAUGAGUUGUGAACAAGCAGUUCCAACAAUUGGCAACCUCUGUAAAUGUCAGGGAGACUACCGAGGAGUAGCAGUACAACUGUGCAUGCGCACGACGGAGCGCGCAGUGCACGUGCUAGAUGCUGCGCAGCUCUCCACACUGUACACACAGCACGUGCUGCCUGUUAUACAGGAAAUGUUACUGGAGACUCCUCCCCUUCCUACCCUGGCUCUCAGGAUUAUCAUGCCUCUUCUCUCUGUACUUCCUCAGUUGCCACUAGAAGAGUACGGUAUUGUAACAGCGUUAGUUGAGCUAAUGAAAGACGUGGAUCCUGACGAGGGAAUAUGUUUGUUAAUGUUGGACACUCUCGGUACUUUCAUGACUGCAACUAAUGUUGACUUUUCCUGGCUUUACACUAUUGGCGUGCACGAACAGUUGAGUCUGUUGAUACUGAAACUAGGGGUGAGUGCUAAUAGCGGUGAGCCGACUAUUCUCGCUGCUGUCAAGUGUCUCUCUGCUCUCCUCAACUAUAUCAUGAGCGUCGUAAAGACAGCUUUACAGACUAAGAACAAAUCAAGCGGAGAAGAGAUACUGCGGUCAAGUCAGUGUGUAGUAAAUACGUGUGGAGUGUUACUGGUGUGGUAUCAUUACACCACUGCUCCUUCAGCUCUACUUUCUAUCACGCAGUUAUAUGGGGGACAGUACAGGGACUUCUUAACCCCUUACAAUGUUGAUAUUUUGGUGGAGUCAUUAAAAGAUAAAGAUGAUAACAGAGUCAAAACGACCCUCAAAAUAUUAAAACGGAUUAUAAGUACAGAUCCCGUAUUACUGAAGAGUAUGAUAGCCUCUACAAAAGAACAACUCAAUAAAGCUGUGCUUGCUGUCAAAUCUUCUUCUCCAACAUUGGUGCCACUCUCAGAGGAAGUUUCCAAGUUGUUACUGAAACCUGUUUGAAGAACUAUUGACAAGUCCAGCUACAACAGAUCUGCCGACUGCAUAUUUCAGAUUUCACGCCCAAGUGUAGGUUUUCAACGAGAAAAGAACGGUUUUAUGAACAUGACGACUGUCUAAUGUUUAUGCACUAUUAUAAAUUGACUGUUAAAUGGAAUGGUAUAAGACAAAAUAGUAUUUUUAUUCAACUGUUAAACUAUACUAUCAACUACAGUAAGAUGUCAUACAUUUGAUAAUAAGAACGAAAUUGUCUGUCUUGUUUUGCUUCUACUAAAUUGCUCGCCCAAAUCUGAACACAUUUUAAAAGUGUGCUAUUAGUGGCUAGUGCACACUGCACCUGGAGAAGAUAUGGUCUAACUAGUUGUGCCCAUCAUAUCUACUUGUAUAAAUCUUUGGGGUGGUUCCUGAGACUAUGGACAACACAUUCCUACACAAAAAUGCUUUAGGCAAAUUAUUUCUCGAAAGGUUAUAUAUUCAUGCUAAUUGUCCCUUACUACUUGCUUUUUCUCACUUAAUUAGGACAUUUAA